CCACAGCGUGUCAUCCUUUUCCAUUGCAUGCCUCCAUCUUUCGAACUGUUCCUCCACCUGCUCCCUGCUUUCACUGCAGAUCACAAUGUCAUCUGCAAACAUCAUGGUCCACGGGGAUUCCAGUCUAACCUCAUCUGUCAGCUUAUCCAUCACCAAUGCAAACAGGAAGGGGCUCAGGGCUGAUCCCUGAUGCAGUCCCACCUCCACCUUAAAUUUGUCUGUCACACCUACAGCAUACCUCACCGCUGUUCUGCUGCCCUCGUACAUGUCCAGUAUUAUUCUAACAUACUUCUCUGCCACUCCAGACUUCCGCAUGCAGUACCACAGUUCCUGUCUGGGUACUCUGUCAUACGCUUUCUCUAAAUCUACAAAGACACAAUGCACUUUUCCAUCAACAUCCUCAAAUAAUACAUCUGUGGUACUCUUUCUAGGCAUGAAACCAUACUGUUGCUCGCUAAUCUGUUCUGAGUUUAGCCUCCGCUACUCUUUCCCAUCACUUCAUUGUGUAGCUCAGGCAUGCCCAAUGUCCGUCCCACAUGCCAAAUCCGGCCCAUAUCCAGAUUUCCUCCGACCCGAAGCAUCAUGUCAUAAAAUCAGUAAUAUGUGGCUCGCCAGCACAGUUUCCCACAGUAAACAAUACACACAUAAAAAAAAAAAAAAAAAAGCAAUUGUAUAUUUCACCAGAGGGUGGCAGUAGACCUGUGGCUGCACUCUCGUCACGUGACCCCUCUGUGAACUUUCACCCCUGUGGUAUGUUUUAGCCCAUUUCUAAAAUGGCAACUGAAACUAAAAAGAGGAAAGUUGACAACGAGGGCCGCCGUUUCCAGCACAAGUGGAAAUUGGAGUAUUUUUUCACUGACAUACGAAACAACUGUGUCUGCCGAAUUUGCCAAGAGACUGUGGCUGUUUUCAAAGAAUUCAAUAUUAAGAGGCACUACCAGACGAAACAUGCUAACAACAAGCUAACGGCGAACGAAAAACUGAAGCAACUGCAAGCUGUUUUGAUAGCACAGCAGCGUUUUUUCGCAAGAGCCCGUGACUCAAAUGAAAUUCUACAAAGGGCGUCCAUGGUUCCUGCCUCCACCUCCUUUCCACCUGCAGCCACCCCUGAGGUUGCCGCCCGUGCAUCAGGGGAUGCUACUGAAUCUGUCUGCAAAGCCAUUGGACCCGCCACCUUGGUCACCCAAUCCAGGUCAAGGGUCACCGACCUCCUCAUCAUCACAGCGCUCAUGGCGACAACAUCUGCUGUGGCUGCGGGCUGAUGAGCAUGAGAGAGAAACCAAGACAAAAGACAAAGCACUAAUUGUAAAGCCCAGGGGUCCACCCAAGAGCAGCUCGGUGGAUGGGACACGUCCCACACCGAGGGACGCAGGGCGGUCCGCCAGCCCCACCGAGGCGCCCCAACAACUGGCCACCCGGAGGAGGCCGCAAGGAAACCCAAUGCCACCACCUCCACCAAUAUUUAUUCGGGUGAGUUGGAGCCUAUUCUACCUAGCAUUGGGCAAGAGGUACACCAUGGACCCUGGACUGGUCACUUGACAAUUGCAGGAACCAUUUUGACAAAUCCCAUGGACGCCCAUGGACAUUUAACAGUCUUCAAUUAACUUAACAUACAUGUUUUUGGGAAUGUGGGUGUGUGUGUGGAGUACCCUAAGAAAACCCAUGCAGCACUGGCAGAACAUACAAACGCCACACAGGAAGACCAGAGGGAAGAUUCAAACCCCAAAUCUCAAAACUGUGAGGCAGACAUGCCAACAACUACGCCAAAGGAUUCAGUAGAGCGCCCACGUGGAGGCUGCAUGCAUAAAGAAGUAAGACUUCAGGGAUGUCUCAAUAAAGUUGUUCUUAUGGUGUCCCAAUAAUAUCAUCCCACAUAACCAUUCACAUUUUCAUUUGGAUCAGGGUGCACUUAAUUCUGCACUGAAACAUACCUGAACCUGCUGGAUGUAUUUGGGCAUCAGCUCAGCCACAUACUCCCCAAAUUCUGUCAGUUGGUUGUGGGCGACUGCAUCCUUGGGCCGCAUGGUGGCUGUGGAGAAGGCGUGAAGAGGUAAAAAGAUGUUCAUAAGACUAAGUAAACCACUGACCUCUAACUUCACAGGCAGAUCUUUUAAAUAAACCUGCAAUUGUUACUGUGAAUCAAUACUUUGGAGUUCCAUUUAAAAAUACCUAUUUUCUAAGAAUAUUUAGAUUGAUUGUUGGAAUAAUUGCAUGUACCCAAACAACAGCCUGUUUCAUGAUUUGAGGUUAUGGGUGUCCUGUUUAGGAGUUCCGAUCCUACUGAAACGACAAAAAGAAAUUUGUCCAAAUGUGCCAUAGUCCAUCAUUAACCUAAGUUAAUGUCAUGGUUGUUUCCUGCAGUUCCAUCUGCUCAAAUCCCUGCUUCCUGCUCGCUCCUUGUCCCAACGGUCCACCCUCUCGCCUUGGAUAUCCUUACCCUGAGCCAACCUUCAAUAAACUAUUCUAAAUCUACUCCCGCCGCUUCAGUCUGCUUUUGGGUCCAGUCAAAGCUGGUACGAAUUAGAAUCGUGACAGAAUACUCUGCCCAUCAUGGACCCAGCAACACCAAAAGCGUACAGGGAAGCGCUCACCCAUCAGGGCACGCAAAUAGGCAGACAGGACAAAGCCCUCCGCGAGAUCAUGGAAUCUUUGAAUACCCUCACACAACAAGUAUCCCUUCUGUCCUCCGAGAGCCACUUCAGCAAUCCUUCCGUGAGUAUUCCUCCCAAGCCCACAGCCCCAGCCCCCCUCCUGUACAAAGAGCCACACGUUUCUCCUCCGACUGUACUCUGGGGACCUAGGUUCAUGUAGCCAAUUUUUAUUAAACUCCUCAUUAGUCUUUGACCUUCAACCAUUUAGUUACCCCACGGACAAAUGCUGCCUCUUGUCCAUCACUGUUUGGAGUCCAUUCUGUCACUCCAAUUGUCUUCUCUUGGCCGUUCCUCCCUCCCUCCAGUAAAACGGAGGUUUACUGGAGGGAGGAGGUUUACCUCCGUCACCUGCCACACCUGUCGAUCUCUCCCGGGCUCCGGAGAAAUACCACAACCUUUCGCCAGUGUUCAGUAAAGAUCUUGCCAUUUCACUCCCCUCCACCGCCCCUAUGACUGCCCCAUUGACCUCCAGCCCUGUGCCCCUCUCCCUUCCAGCCACCCGUUUAACCUGUCCCAUCCAGAAAAGGAAGCUCUGGAGGAGUAUAUCAGCGACUCCCUUGCCUCAGGACUCAUCUGGCCCGCCUCUUCUCCACUGGGGGGCGGAUUCAUUUUUGUCGACAAGAAAGAUACCACUCUCCGCCUUUGUAUUGACUUCCGUGGUCUCAAUGACAGUGAAAAAUAAAGCCCCCCUGCCACUCAUUGACCCAUCCUUCGAACCCCUCUGCAACGUUCAAAUAUUCACUAAGUUGGAUCUACGCAACGCGUAUCAUCUCAUCCCCAUUCGAGAGGGGGACAAAUGGAAGACUGCCUUCAACACUCCCCUCAGACACAGAGCACCUGGUCAUGGCUUUUGGAUUAACCAACGCCCCCGCAGUUUUCAAACCAUCAACGACAUCCUCUGUGACAUGCUCAACCGGUUCGUCUUUGUAUAUCUUGACGACAUCGUCAUCUUCUCUCGCUCCCCUGACGUACAUCACCAGCAUGUCUGCCAAGUCCUUCAGCGCCUACUCGAAAACCGCCUUUUUGUUAAACCAGAGAAGUGUGAAUUCCAUCUCUCCUCCAUUCACUUCUUAGGAUACAUCAUUGCAAAGGGUCAGUUACAACCUGAGAUCCAAGCCGUUGUCGACUGGCCCAUUCCCUCCACCCGCAAGGAGCUGCAACGAUUCCUCGGCUUCGCCAAUUUCUACCGUCGGUUCAUCUUUGACAACAGCAAGGUUGCUAUCCCCCUCACCAGUCUCACCUCAACCAGUUCCCCUGCCGCAUCGCAAGCAUUCGAACGCCUUAAGGAACUAUUCACCAGUGCCCCCAUCUUGAGACACUCCGACCCUUCCCUGCAGUUCAUCGUGGAAGUUGACGCCUCUGACAUGGGAGCUGGAGCAGUCCUCUCCCAGCGAGACCCUGUGUCCCAAAAAUUACAUCCCUGUCCUCUGAAGGUUAGUCCUCCACAUAUUCAGACUUCAUGGCAUUCCAAUAGACAUCGUCUCAGACAGAGGUCCUCAGUUCUCCUCCCAUGUCUGGAAGACGUUCUGCAAGGCGGUGGGCGCAGCAGCCAGUCCGUCUUCCGGCUACCACCCCCAAUCCAACGGCCAGACAGAGCGGGCGAACCAGAGCCUGGAAUCUGCUCUUCACUGUGCUGCCGCUCACAAUCCUGCCUCCUGGAGCACCUUCCUUCCGUGGGUUAAAUAUGCCCAUAACUCCCUCGCCAGCUCCGUCACAGGUAUGCCUCCAUUUAUGGCUUGUUACAGUUUCCAACCUCUGUUAUUUAAGGAACAGAAGCAUAUGGUGGCGGUUUCCGCGGUGAGGGAGCACCUACUAUGGGUCCAAUCCGUAUGGGCUGCUCUGAGUCGUUCUGCUGAGAGUAACAAGCGGCUGGCCGAUCUCCAUCGCUCUCCCAUGGCAGAAGACAAGGCUGGUUAGAUGGUUUGGAUCUCCUCCCGUGACCUCCCUCUCCAGACUUAAUCCUGAAAGCUCAUUCCAAGUUUCAUUGGUCAACUUCCCUAUCAUCAAAAUCAUCAACACCACCUCUGUACAGUUAAAACUUCCCCUAUCUCCUAAGAUCCACCCAACAUUUCCCUCGUUUCCCUGCUCAAGCCAGUCUCCACCAGUGCCCUUAGCCCUGCGGCCGUAACCCCCCCACCUGUCUCCCGCCCCAGCAAAUCAGCACCACCUUGGCCGCGCACCACAUCAGGACUCAUCACUCCCAUUGUGGUACACGGGAAGACCCUCAAUCUCUUGUAAGCAAGUCACUUGCUUUCCCAAAAUCAUACUUACCUCGUGUUCUCCUUCGUCUCCAGUGCCCCCCCCAGCCACGCCGCCAAGCUACCCCACCUGCUCACGUCCCCGCUUCCUGCUCACGCAUUGUCCCGACAGGCCACCAUCUCACCUUGGAUAUCCUUACCCUGAGCCAACCAUCAAUAAACCAUUCUAAAUCCACUCCCUCUGCUUCAGUCUGCUUUUGGGUCCAGUCAAAGCUGAUUUAGUACGAAUUAGUAUUCUAGAAUAGUAUUCUAUUCUAGACCGCAAAUACAAAACAAUCACAUGGAAAUACAAUAAGUAUGACGGUCAUUACCUCAAAAUGUCAUGUGUUGGGACUGUCAUGAACUGACGCAUUACAAAGCAUAACCCAAUAUAGCU